CGCUAUCAGUCUUUGAUUCUUGGCGCAUAUAGGCGAUUCCCACAGCUCAUAGCGCCAUCAUGAACAGCUUUCGACCCUCCGGUCUUGUUGGCCCCGCUCCCUCUGACCCCGCUCCCUCUGACCCUAGCGUUUUCUGCAAUGAAGCGAUCGAAGCCCAGCUCCAGCUCAAGGCAUCCCCAGUCGGCUCUGAGGUAGACGAGCUGCUUCAAUCGCCACCGGCCUCGCCUAAGCCGAGUGUUAUUCGCACCAAAAGCGCGCCGAUCAUUGCUGUGAACGACGUCCGAUCGAGUCUUGUGAAACAGUCGGAAUCAGCUUCAAUUGCCAGUCCAACCAACAUAAUUCAAGGUGCUUCAGAAUCCGCAACGACCGUCACGAACGGCGCCGCCCCUUUGGACCAGCAUUCUUUGGUGAGCCUACGUAAUCAAAUCGACGCUCGCGAGCAGAGCAGUGUCAGGCGACAUCGCGAGAUCGUCAAACUACUACGAUCCUCAACCGCCGAGCACAGCAAGCCACUAGGGACCCGUGCAGAUACAAAAGCCAGUAGUAGCAUUGGACCGAUCGAUGCAAAGCCUUUCCCCGCGCUUUCGUCGCAAGCGACGCCUCACACGAACGGCGUCAUCGACGCCUUUCGGGCUCAGCCAAGCAUCAGAAUUUCGAUCUUGACUCUCUUUGAUAGCAGUAGCAUUAGCUUGUGUAUUUCCAGGUCCGACGCUCCCUGUCCCACCCCAGGUUCAACAAGUGCACCGGACGGCGGUCUGCCAGCUCUUGUGCCUUCAGACACUCUGAUCAGCGCCCUGCGCCUAACGUAUGGCUUCAUUCUUGAUCAAGGCGGUCUGCUGGGAACCUCCAAGGGUGCGCUCGCGGUCAACGGAAUCCCAUCAGGAUACACCACUAUUACUAGCGGAGGUCUGGCAACAUCGACUCAUUCCAACAGCAUGGGUCGAUAUCCGAUUGCGGAGAACGAUGGUGAUAUGACUCAGACGGCAGUAUGUGCUCCUUCCAACAGCAUGGGUCGACAUCCAAUUGCGGAGAACGAUGGUGAUAUGACUCAGACGGCAGUAUGUGCUCCUGAAGCCACGUCGAAGGACUGGGCAAGCCCUCUCAAACCUAAAGUCAAGCGCAAGUCCGCCACGCCGAGUCGAAUUGAUCGCAAGGUACAGCAGAAUGCAGCGCUGUCCAACACUCAAAGCAGAAAGCGCACGAAGGGCUCGAUCACUAUUGACACGAAGCAAGCAGCUGCGAUCGCUUGUGACCAACACGCAAAGACGUGUACUGCAGACGGUGCAGAGAGCUUCGCACCAGCGGUGUUCUCGCAGCAAACGCACGGUGUCACGGUGCGUCCUCCUUGGGCACAGGAGGCAAUUUCCAACAUCGUGGCCCCCCGCAGUGCUCCUCCUACUCGAACUGCUCCUGCGACAAAUUUCGUCCUUCCAAGCUUCAACCCCUUUGAGCGCAACGGCCCUUCGCCAUCAGCAAAUUUGGCGAACGACCAGAGCGUCACCGCAGCACAGGCCUGUGCAACCUCUCUGCCUGCUGCAGACUUGGAUGCAAGCCAGCGCGCGCAUUCAGAUCUCGAGGGCGUGCUCGAGGCGCACAACUUCCGCGCCAUGCCACCGGACCAAAAGAUCGAACUCUUGUUCCUCAUUUCUACUCGCAGAGGCCUAGAUCAGCAACUUGCGGAAGCGGUCGACCAGCGUGCGCGUUUGGUAGACGAGAAGAAUGCUGCUCAGCGACAACUCAGUCAGUACGUCAAGCUCAAGCACACAAAGAAGCGUUGCGCGAGUUGUCUCCUGUGUCAGGGCAUGCAGGACACAAGGCACUUUCGCCACAGCAGGCGAGUAGCCCUGCGCACCAGCUUCGAGAAGCAGGGCUACAGCAACUGA